CAACAGUCAGUGUCCUUCUCUCUAAAAUUCCCCAAAAACAAAAAAAAACAAAAAACAAAAAAAGAAAUCUCCAUUUCCUUCCAAAAUUCUCUCUCUCUACACUCAUCAAAAUCACUCUCUUUCUUUCUCUCUGUCUCUGUGUUUUUGGUGCAAUUACUGUACAAUCAAGAGAAACGCCGAUUUGAUUCAGAACCUCUAAUAAAACACAGAGCACCGAUCGCAACGAGCAUUGUUAUUUAUCGGUUCCCUGAGGGCUUGAAAAAGGCUCUGUCUUUUUUUGUUUUUCCGUUUUUUUUCUUCUUUCAGUUUUCUCUGUACGUUUGGUUCGAUCAUGGCCGUUAAUCCUCUGGCGGUGGGUGUGCCGACUGCGUCGCUGUACGUCGGAGACCUUAAUCCGUACAUCACCGAUGGUCAGCUGUACGAUGCUUUCAGUCAGUUCAAGUCCAUCACGUCCGUACGGAUCUGUAGGGACUCCACCGACGGCCAUUCUCUCUGCUACGGCUACAUCAACUUCAUCAACCCGCAAGAAGCAAUUCGAGCUAUUGACGUGAAGAAUAACUCUGAGGUGCAUGGAAAGGUUAUAAGGGUCAUGUGGUCGCAUCGUGAUCCUGAUGCGAGAAGAAGUGGAAUUGGGAAUGUGUUUGUCAAGAACUUGAGCGAAUCGAUUGAUAAUGUAGGGCUUCAAGAUAUGUUUAAGAAAUUUGGAAAUAUAUUGUCUUGCAAAGUCGCCACGUUUGAUGAUGGGAAGAGUAAAGGCUAUGGCUUUGUUCAGUUUGAGUCUGAGGAAUCUGCAAUUGCUGCUAUUGAGAAGCUAAAUGGCUCCACUGUGGGAGACAAACCUCUGUAUGUUGCCAAAUUUAUUAGAAAGAGCGAUCGAGUUUUGGCCAAUCCUGAUGUGAAAUAUACAAAUUUGUAUGUGAAGAAUUUGGAUACAAAUGUCAGGGAAGAGCUUGUGGAGGAAAAGUUCUCCGAGUUUGGGAAAAUUGUUAGCUUCGCUAUUACAAAGGAUGACAAUGGGAACUCUAGAGGUUUUGGGUUUGUAAACUUUGACAACCCAGAUGAUGCUCGACGAGCAAUGGAGGCAAUGAAUGGAUCACAACUGGGCUCCAAGAUUCUGUAUGUAGCAAGGGCACAGAAGAAGGCAGAGCGUGAGCAAAUGUUGCGUCGGCAAUUUGAGGAGAAACGAAAGGAGCAAAUGGUGAAAUUCAAGGGAUCAAAUGUGUAUGUGAAGAACAUUGAUGAUGAUGUCACUGAUGAAGAGCUGGUAGAACACUUCAGUCAGUGUGGCACAAUUACUUCUGCAAAGAUUAUGCGAGAUGAGAAAGGAAUAAGCAAAGGGUUUGGUUUUGUUUGCUUCUCUACCCCUGAGGAGGGCAAUAAGGCUGUGAAUACUUUUCACGGAUAUAUGUUUCAUCGGAAGCCAUUGUAUGUGGCUAUUGCUCAAAGGAAAGAGGAAAGACAAGCACAGCUGCAGCUUCAAUAUGCACAGCGUAUGGCAGGACUUGCUGGUCCUUCAACAGCAGUCAUCCCUGGUGGAUACCCUCCUAUCUAUUAUCAAGCUCCCUCUGGUGUUGUUCCACAAGUACCUCCUCGUCCGGGACUGAUGUAUCAGCCCUUGGGAUUGAGGCCAGGAUGGAGAGCCAACGGCUUUGCACCUUCGUCUGGGCCAGCCUAUCAACCACCACCGGUUUCUGUUAUGCCAAGACAACAUAGGCAAAACAGGGGAAGAAUGAACGGGCAUAUGCUUCCUCAGGGAAGUGCAUAUAUGCCACAUUUACAACAAUCCACUCAUCUGUCACACUCAGCAAAAGAUUCAAACAAUCAGCAGCGGCCGGUACAGGCUAAGUAUGUUCCUAAUGGUCGCCAACACGACAUGAAUAAAGGAUCAGGAGUCUCAACUAAUGCUUCCAAUUCUGUUGGAGGUGGGUCUCAAGGACCAGAGAUGCUGAGUAGCAUGCUUGCUGCUGCUUCUCCUGAGCAGCAGAAACAGAUACUUGGCGAGCAUCUCUACCCACUCGUCCAUAAACAUAAGCAUUUUCACUUGCAGCCCGACCUUGCCUCAAAAAUUACAGGGAUGCUGCUGGAGAUGGACAACUCAGAACUGCUGCUUUUGUUGGAGUCACCAGAGUCUUUGGAUGCCAAAGUGGGAGAAGCUGUUCAGGUGCUCAAGAUCUCCAAGACUAAAGUGUCUAACAAAGAUGCCAUUCAUCCUGGUUUUCUCUCCGCUGAGGUUGCGGUCAACUGAAAAACGCAACUGCAGGCGGGCAUGGUUAGAGGUUUUGUUGCUGCUCAAGCUUCAGGAGAUAAUUUUUUAUAUUUAAUUGGCACCUUUUCGGUCUUUGGCCCAUCACAAUGUUUUUUAGUUUUCUUCUCACAGCAGAGUAAUUUCUUUCUUUUAUAGAACAUUAAACGUUUCCUUGCUAGUAGUAACGAUAGAAGUGAUAAAGUUUUGGAACUUAAUAUUUUGGGGUUUUGGAACCAAAUUCUUUUAGUAUUUUGGCAUGUUUUGAUUUAAA